AAUCCAAGCCGAAAGAAGCCACUCCUACUUUUCGGCUGUUUCCCCGCCCACAUGUUCUAGAUUUCAAGCCACUAGUCUGUAAGAAGAAGCUGGUUAGGUGUUGUUUUAUGCGGAUAUAAAGAGCGGAUAACACGAAAAGUGAGACGGCCCGAGCGAGCGCCACACCGAGCACUCCAGCAUGGCUGACGAGCGGCGGCUCGACGGCAGCCAGCAGCAGCCGGACGGCGGCGGCGCCGAGCACGAGCAGAACGAGCGCCUGCGCGCCGACGACGGCGACGAGGACGGCCCGACGCACGAGCCACGCGAGGACGGGCCGGCGCACGAGCCGCGCGAGGACGGACCGGCGAGCGAGGCGGACGAGGACGGGCCGGCGCGCCCGCUGGACGACGGGGCUAGCGAAGAUGGGCCGCACAACGGCGGGACGCGACGCCCGUCCAACCCGGACGACUACACGGCGGACGUGAACGAGCAGAUGGAAACCCGGCUGGAGCGGGGCGAGGAGGUGGGCAGCUCGGGCGACGAGUACGAGACGCUCACCACCAUCACGCGCACCGUCAAGAAGACCACGUACCGGCCCAAGGUGUCGCUGUCGGAGCCGCUGCGGCCGCAGGACAUGAGCGCCAACAAGAAGCUGUACGGCAAGGACCUCAGCGAGUAUGAGAACAUGGACAUGGACGAGCUGCUGGACCAGCUGACGCCGGAGGAGAUCGACAUCCUGACGCGGGACGUCGACCCGGACGACACGCUGAUGCCGCCCAGCCAGCGCACCUCAUACCGGUGCGACAAGUCGUCCACGGGCCCGCUCAACCGGAAACGGCUGAUCGAGCACAUCCACCAGCAGGCGCUGAACGAUCCGGACCGGCCCGAGAUGGUGCCCUACCAGCCGGGCGUCGUCCGCGGCAAGAAGUUCAUCCCGCCGCCGCCGCCGCUGGCCGAGCAGCGGCUGGAGGAGGAGAUCCAGCUGGACCUGGGCGACGAGUACGAGUCGGCGCUCGGCGAUGCCUCCGAGAACGAGCUGGUCGACCUGGCUGCGAUCCUGGGCUUUCACUCGAUGAUGAACCAGGACCAGUACCACGCGUCGCUGGUGGGCAAGCGGCUGGAGUCUGACGUGGGCUGGGCGGGCAUCACGCGCGCCACGCGGCCCAAGCCGAUGGCGCCCGAGCCGCCCAACCAGACCGACCCGGAGGAGUCGAUCCAGCGGCUGAAGCAGGACGACGCCGACCUGCUCCAGCUCAACCUCAACAACAUCAAGAACAUGUCAGACGAGCAGCUGGAGCGGCUGUGCGAGGCGACGGCGGCCAACACGCGGCUCGAGAGCCUGCUCAUGUCCAACACCGGCCUCACCGACCGCAACGCCGAGCACUUCGUCGCCCUGCUGGAGCGUAACUUCACGUUGAAGGAGCUCAGUAUUGAGUCCAACUUCAUCAGUCCUGCCAUGAUUGCACGGCUAGUAAAAGCCCUGCUCAAGAACAAGACUGUCGAAGUGUUCCGUGCCGCGAAUCAGAGAUCUCAGGUUCUGGGAAACAAGAUCGAGAUGGAGAUCACCAAGUACGUGGAGGAGAACCCCGUCAUCCUGCAGCUGGGACUGCACUUCGAGUUCAACGAUUCUCGGGCGCGCGUGGCGGCGCAGCUGCAGAACAAUCGGGACAGGUUUCGCCAGGCACGUCAGCAAGCUUCCAAGUCGAAAUAAGCGUGUGUUUGCUCUGCAUUAGUGCGACUGAAACGCAUCGGCCGAGCCUGCCGCAACGCCACUGCCGGCUUCGUCGUGCAACGCGUGCCGUGAUGGCCAGCUGCCCCGCCGUCCGGCCGGCCCGCCGACCUCGCCAGCCGGCCGUCAGGCGACCGGACCGGACCGGACCGGACCGGACCGGGCGGCGCCCGGCCACGCGGCCGCCCGCCGCCGCCGCCGCCGGCGAGCGUCUAGUGUAGUGGCUCCGCUCUUGCUUCGCUUCCCUCCGUCUGUCCGCGCCUCUCGCUCUCCUCCGAUCCGUCUGCCUCCUGGUUGGCGGUCGGCAGACCGCCCGCGAGCGGUCCCGUCCCUCCUUUGUGCCGCAGAUCGCCCGGGGCGUGUCGACGCUCUUUUUACUUUUUACUCUUUGCUGAGCGGUGGGUGUACUUGACGUGGGCCUUGUUUUGACGCGCGGACUCCGGGGCUCCCCAUUUUACACAGGACUCCGCUCUCGUAGUCGCCGCCGCAGUCUCAUAUUUUGUUUGCGAAACUGAGGUCUAGAUCAUAGGUGCUUGUCCGAGUGGAAUGGUAUUUAUGGAUUUAUUUGUAUCAAAUAAAGUGCAAAAUUGUA